AUGCGUCGUUUAAAUAUAUUUACAAAAUGGAGAAGGGAAAUUAUUUAUUAUUUAUUUUUAACAUAUUUUUUAUUUUAUUUUCAGGCUCGUAAUAAGGAACAAGAACAAGAAGUUUUACAAUGGAUAUCGGAUGUUUUGGGUGAACCCUUACCAAAAGGAGAAUAUGAAGAUAUAUUAAAAGAUGGCGUCAUUUUAUGUAAAUUGAUAAAUAAAAUAUCACCCAAUUCCGUGAGCAAAAUUCAAACCAAAGGAACAAAUUUUCAAUUAAUGGAAAACGUUCAAAGAUUUCAAGCAGCUAUAAAAAAAUAUGGCGUUCCAGAUUCCGAAAUAUUCCAAACGGCUGAUUUAUUCGAAAGGAGAAACAUACCACAAGUGACAUUAUGCUUGUAUGCAUUGGGAAGAAUAACACAAAAACAUCCGGAAUACACGGGACCCAGAUUAGGUCCCAAAAUGGCGGAUGAAAAUAAAAGAGAAUUUACCGAAGAACAAUUGAGAGCUCACGAAGGUCAUUUAAAUCUUCAAAUGGGUUAUAAUAAGGGAGCCUCACAAUCUGGACUUGGAAGUUUUGGUAACACGAGGCACAUGUGA